CCUUCGGCCGUAAGGAUGAUCAGGGACAUCCUGCUGUUUGGGACGUUCCUGAUGAACGCCGGGGCUGUGCUCAGCUUUAAACUGAAAAAGAAAGACACGCAGGGCUUUGGGGAGGAGUCAAGGGAACCCAGCACAGGUGACAAUAUCCGGGAGUUCUUACUGAGCCUCAGGUACUUCCGCAUUUUCAUCGCCCUGUGGAACGUCUUCAUGAUGUUCUGCAUGAUCGUGCUGUUUGGCUCUUGAGCUCCACACAUGGAAGCCAGAACUCACCUU